UUCACAAAACAAAUACUAGUGUUAUUUAUUGGCUGACAUAACAAAAAAUAAAAUAAAAAAUAGAACCUAUUAGGGUGAUGAGGCAGGAUAUCUACGAGGCGGCAGUGAGAGGAGAGGUAGGAUUACUCGAGUUGGAAAACGUAGCCGAUGACGACCUCCGUGAGUUGACGAGACACGGAAAUAACAUCAUACAUAUUGCAGCAAAACAUGGGCACCUUAAUAUCAUCAACUGGGUUUUCGAAAGAUUCCCAGCUGCCGAUGAAAGAACGCUCAUGAUUUGUGCGCCAAAUUUGGAUGGCGAUACUCCUGUCCAUUUCGCUGCCAAACAACACACACAACUCAUAGCUGAGAGGCUUGUCAAUGUUGCGGCUCAGGCACCGGCAAUGGCACUGGUACCGGCUCAAGCACAGGCACCAGCACCGGCUCAGGAACCGGCACCGGCACCGGCACUGGUACCGGCUCACGCUCAGGCACAGGAACAAGCACCGGCACCGGCUCAGGCACCCUGGAGUAUUCAAAAUCUCCAAGGUAACACCCCGCUUCAUGUGGCACUCAUGAAUGGAGGCAAGUCUAUCCAAGUUGCGGCUUACUUGAUUGGGGUUGGUCCCGCUAUGGCCACUGUUACUAAUGUCAGAAAUGAAACUCCACUCCAUCUAGCUGUUAAGUAUAACAACACAGGUUCAAGAGUGUCAAUGGAAGACAUGAUAAACAAAUUCAAUGGCUUAGGGGCAUCAUGCAACUAUGCUAAUUGGAAUAACCUUUAUGAAGAUGAGUCACACCCAUUGAUAACACUGUUAUUAGACCAAAACAUACAAGUAUGCUGCUUAAGAGAUAACAAUGGAAAGACCCCUCUACUUAGAGCAGUACUCAGUUCUAAUAUACAAGCUGUCAACACCAUUAUAAACCGUUGUCCAGAAUCUGUUGAGAUAUGUGAUGAUACAGGUAAGAAUAUAUUGCACCAUAUAAGAUUGCCGACUUUCUUAGUGGCAAGAGAUUUUCUACUGAGUACACCGUCAAUUACUGCUUUAAUGGAUCAACAAGACAAUGACGGAAAUACACCACUGCAUACUGCGGUAACGAACAACGAUUACUGUAUGGUGAAAGCCCUGAUGGAAUGCAAUGCCAACUUUCUUAUUGAAAAUGACGUCGGCGAUUCGCCUGCAACGAUAAUUCAGUCGAAUCCAGGCACCUUCUUUGACAAAGUGAAGGAUAACAUGAAAAAUUCAACUGAUUACGGAUCGAUUAUGAGGAGGGAGUUCUAUGGUCAAGCAUUUCAUAUACAGGACCAGCAAGCCCCGGGCUGGCACGCCCAGGGCUGGCACGCCCAGGGCUGGCAAGCCUUAACAGUAAGACUCAUGCAGAUCCAGGAAAACAUAGUCGGAGAUGAUUUUCUAUCGCGACUACCAGAUGGUAGCAACAUUGUUCAUGUAGCAGUGGAGGAAUGCCCAACCGACUACACUUAUGCUUUUGGUAGUCGGCCGGAUGAGCAUCCGUCACCUCAGGAAUUAUUCAUUGUCGAAGCUCUAAGGAGGUUCCCGAUCCUAUCAUGUCAAACAAACCACAAAGGCCAGACACCUCUUCAUCUUGCAAUGAGUCGUCGUUUGCUGAAGCCUGCUCUGGCACUGCCUGGUCAUGUUGGUGAGACGCCCUAUACGUUCAUAAGGCGUCAUCUCAGAGACGAUAUACAAGCCCAAAGAAUGCAAUUUCCUCUACCUGCAUGGAAAACUAAAAGUAGACUUGGUAACACCAUCCUUCACGAGGCUAUUAAGUAUGGAAGGUUUGCAUUUGCAAGGUUCUUAAUAGUAGACUUAGAUGCAAACAUACUUGAUGUCAACAAACGCAACCACACUGCUCUUCAUGUCCUAUGUGCGAACAAUAUGCGUAGGCGGGAGCGGCCCGAGGGCCAGAAUGAAGAUCCAGGGAUCGAACAAGAAGAAAAUGCUAUGAUGGACUUUUUACUCGAAAGAGAUACCACAUCAGUCUAUUUAUACGAUAUGGAAGGUUACACUCCUUUGUUGAUGGCAGUUAGUAUUCAUCAUCUGAGGUUUGCAAGAAGAAUAAUAAAUUACUGUCCUCAAUCACUAAAACAAUUGGACGCUAAAUUGGGUAGAGGUAUAUUUCACUUGAUAUCAUUGCGACCUCCCGUCGAUGAUACGGCUCAAUUGUUCACUAAUACUACAAUACCACAAAUGAGGCAUUUCUUGACACUUGGUGACGACAAUGGAAACAUGCCAUUACAUGUUGCUUUAGAGAAAAGAAAUCUUUCUUCUGCCAGGUUUUUGAUGGAACGCAUGAGGAAUAAUGAAAACAGACAUAUUUACCAUAGAACCAACCAUUCGGGUAAAUCAAUUUCGGGAUUGCUAGCCACAGUAAACAACCGUCCUCGCUGGUUCCAAGAUUUUCUGAAAUCGGCAAAAAUACCAAAAGCCGUCACUGGGAGUGGUAGAAGUGAAUACGGUGUUCUUUACUCAAAUAUAAAGGAGUACAUGAACACCCUAGGUCUAGUAGCAGUUUUACUAGCAACCAUGACGUUCACUGCAGCAUUCACAAUCCCGGGAGGUUACAACGAUCAAGGACUACCAAUUCUGGCAAAUCAAACUAUGGUCGAUAACAAUCAUAAGGCUAUAGCUUUCCAAGUGUUCAUGGUCGCGGAUGUGGUGGGGAUGUGUAGUGCUAUCAUGGUUUUAUCCUGCAUUUUUUGGUUCUCUAGCUCGGGGAAAAUAGAGGAAGAGGGUUCAGCACUUGUUGAUCUAAGUAUUGGUUUACUCCAACUAUCAUUUUCAGCAACUCUUAUUGCUUUUAUGUCUGGAGUUUAUGCAACAAUAAUCGUAGACUUGAAAUGGGUGGCUAUCUUCACUUGUGCGUUGUGCAGUGUGGUACUUGUGUUAAUGAGGAAACGUUUUCUCCUUGAUUUGGUGGUUCCUUUGCAUAAACUCCUACGUUUAAUUUUAAAGGUUUCGGGAAUGUUGGAUUUUAUUUCGAUUUUCUGCACUAAAGUAUUUGGAUUUUUUUGGAAGCACUUGACCAGUUGUUACACUAGAUGCCUUGCUGAUUGUCGUCCUAGAAGGCUCCCAGUCAUCCAGUAGUCAUUCAUAUCCGGUUCAUCAUUAGGGCUAAUCUGGAUUUGGGGCGAGUUCUGAGUAGAUAGGUUCAGUCCCCUCCUAAUUGUUGUCGCAGGGAUCGAACACGGGGUCCUCCUGACCAAGUUCAGCCUCAAUUACUUCUGAACCAACAAGCUUUAAUUAUAUUGAUUGUGUGUAUUUCGUUUCCGUUUUCUACUUUUGCGUCCAAAAACAAUGCUUUAAUUUGAAGAAUUGAUAUUGUUAAACGGAUUCUCUUGUACACCACCAUUAAUUUGUUGACACAUCAUCAAAUCCACUAAAAAAUGAGAAUGAAAGACAAUAAAUAUGUCAUUUCAACCAAUAGAAAAUCAUGUUGUACGAGAUGCCUUAGCUUGUACACAAUGUGUACGUGUAGUAGGAUCCCUACUUCGAUUGUUUUUAUAUUUUCAUCUUCUUCUUCUGCGCUACCCCAGA